CUGGCCGGAGCCACUAGCAGGCUGGACCCCGCCCCUGGGAGUAGGGCUGUGACGUCACUUCCUCUCUUCUCUUUACGCCGGCUACCAGGCAAGAGCUGUGAGGGACUGGAUUGUGUGCGGAAUUCUACGGAACCAUGGCGUCCCUUUCCCUUGCACCUGUUAACAUCUUCAAAGCUGGGGCUGAUGAAGAGAGAGCAGAGACAGCGCGUCUGUCUUCUUUUAUUGGUGCCAUCGCUGUUGGAGACUUGGUAAAGAGCACCUUGGGACCCAAGGGCAUGGACAAAAUUCUUUUAAGCAGUGGACGAGAUGCUUCUCUGAUGGUGACCAAUGAUGGGGCCACUAUUCUAAAAAACAUUGGUGUUGACAAUCCAGCUGCUAAAGUUUUAGUUGACAUGUCCAGAGUUCAAGAUGAUGAAGUUGGAGAUGGCACUACCUCUGUUACUGUUUUAGCAGCAGAAUUAUUAAGGGAAGCUGAAUCUUUAAUUGCAAAAAAGAUUCAUCCACAGACCAUCAUUGCCGGUUGGAGAGAAGCUACAAAGGCUGCGAGAGAGGCUCUCUUGAGUUCUGCAGUAGAUCAUGGUUCUGAUGAAGUUAAGUUCCGUGAGGACUUGAUGAAUAUUGCGGCGACGACGUUAUCCUCAAAACUGCUUACUCAUCACAAAGACCACUUUACCAAAUUAGCUGUAGAAGCUGUUCUCAGACUAAAAGGUUCUGGUAAUCUGGAGGCAAUACAUGUCAUCAAGAAGCUGGGAGGGAGUCUGGCAGACUCCUAUUUAGAUGAAGGCUUUCUGUUGGAUAAAAAAAUUGGAGUAAAUCAACCAAAGCGAAUUGAAAAUGCCAAAAUUCUUAUUGCAAAUACUGGAAUGGAUACUGACAAAAUAAAGAUAUUUGGUUCCCGAGUAAGAGUUGAUUCUACAGCAAAGGUUGCAGAAAUAGAACAUGCAGAAAAAGAAAAAAUGAAGGAGAAAGUUGAACGUAUUCUUAAGCAUGGAAUAAAUUGUUUUAUUAACAGGCAGUUAAUUUAUAAUUACCCUGAACAGCUCUUUGGUGCUGCUGGUGUCAUGGCUAUUGAGCAUGCAGAUUUUGCAGGUGUGGAGCGCCUAGCUCUUGUCACAGGUGGUGAAAUUGCCUCUACUUUUGAUCAUCCAGAACUGGUGAAGCUUGGAAGUUGCAAACUUAUUGAAGAAGUCAUGAUUGGAGAAGACAAACUCAUUCACUUCUCUGGGGUUGCCCUGGGUGAGGCUUGUACCAUUGUUUUGCGUGGUGCCACUCAACAAAUUUUAGAUGAAGCGGAAAGAUCAUUGCAUGAUGCUCUUUGUGUUCUUGCCCAAACCGUGAAGGACCCUAGAACAGUUUAUGGAGGAGGCUGUUCUGAGAUGCUGAUGGCUCAUGCUGUGACACAGCUUGCCAAUAGAACACCAGGAAAAGAAGCUGUUGCAAUGGAGUCCUUCGCUAAAGCCCUGAGAAUGUUGCCCACCAUCAUAGCUGACAAUGCAGGUUAUGACAGUGCAGAUCUGGUGGCCCAACUCCGAGCCGCUCACAGUGAAGGCAAAGUAACUGCUGGACUAGAUAUGAAGCAAGGUACUAUUGGAAAUAUGGCAGUGCUGGGUAUAACGGAAAGUUUCCAAGUGAAGCGACAGGUUCUUUUGAGUGCAGCAGAAGCAGCAGAGGUGAUUCUGCGUGUGGAUAACAUCAUCAAAGCAGCACCAAGGAAACGUGUUCCUGAUCACCAUCCCUGUUAAGCAUUCCCAUGUGUUGUUGAUACCUGGACCAGUUCACAGAAGAAUUGUGUUAAUUUCGUAAAGAAGACUGUGGAAUUGAUAUUUAUCUGUGUCCAUUAUAUUCUUACAUUUAGUUGAUCUUCUGUUUUAACAGAGGUCUAAUUUAUUUGCUGUUUGAUUUUCCAUACAAUUCAGUUGAUAAUAAAAGUCCAUUUCUCUUACAGUCACUAAAAUAAAAAAACUUAAAGAGUACUUAA